AUGACUUAAGUUGAAAAUCUAGAACAGAUCAUUCAAUAACAAAAGAAAGAAAUAUAUUAUUUGAUAAAGGCUCCGUUAAAUGAUUAAAAUAAUUAUCUAAAGGAGAAAAAGAAUCUAUUGGAAAAAGAAAAUGCAACCUAAGUCAAUUAUUAUGAAGAGAUAAUAAUUUAACAUUAAACUUGA